CUCCCUCAUUUCUCAGGGCGUAUAAAACAGGACAGCUCUUUACUAUCCUCACUUUACCGGGAGCACCAGUCUCAUCAUCAGUCAGAUCCACUUAACAACACCAAGCCUGUGAGUAUUGCUGCCUGACAAAACUGAUCACUUCACUGAGUGUUGCAGGAAUAACUCAAUUUGAUAUAACUCACAUUCUGUGGUUGUCUUCACCUUUCUCUUUGCAGAACAUGAGCAGGAACUAUAUGUCCAAGUAUGACGAGAUGCGGAAAGGAGACUACAUGUGGUCCAAUAACAAGGAAUACAAGGCAAUUUUUCAGGUGGGUAGUAUGAUGGCUGUGACCUGUUAUGUAUUUUUUGGACAGUAGAAGGUUUAAAUGGAAAAAUGACAUGCUUUAUUUAUGUAAUGUAAUGUUGAUUCUAAUGAAUACAUUCAAACGCGCUGCUCUGUGUGGCUUGUCUACACAGGAGGACGGCAACUUUGUCAUCUAUGGCUGGAGGCAGAUGUGGUCCUCUGAAACUCCUGGCAUGAGCAACGCCUACCGUCUGUGCAUGCAAGACGACGGCAACUUCGUCAUGUACACGAGGGACAACAAAACCAUGUGGCACACCAACUCCCCGAGGACUGACGGCUUCAAGAUGUGUCGCAUGUGGCUGCGUAACGACGGCAACCUGGUCAUCGAGAAGGACGGUGAGGAGGUGUGGAACUCUGCCUCCUCCAAGGGUCAGAAGUGAAGUGUUCGACUGCAGCUCCUCCAGAGAGUUGAGAAACAACCUUCAACUUACAUCUUAGAGGAGUGGUCUCAACACUCGCUGUCAACAGAGCUCAUUCAAUAAAGUUGUUAAAAAGUAUAUUUUCUGUGUGCUUGUGUUUGUUUCCUGGGGUCUUUAUGUUUUACUUCAUAAUGAAGUCAUUUGUAAAACAUGCAAUGGGAUAUAUACAGGUAUUAAAGCAUAUCAUGUUGCACAUAAAAUAUAGAGUAUUUCAAUAGACUAAUAGAAAAUAUGCUACAGUCAAGUUUUUCCUAGCCACUGUGCUUCUACAUCUGCAUUGCUUGCUGUUUGGGGUUUUAGGCUGGGUUUCUGUAUAGCACUUUGUGACAUCUGGUGAUGUAAAAAGGGCUUUAUAAAUAUAUUUGAUUGAAAUGUAAUUGAUUAGACUGCCCUGGUGCCCAGUGCCCUAGGGUGCCCGACCUUCAAGGUUCAGAACGUCUCUUGAGGGGGAAAAAAACAACACUAUCUCCAAAAUGUUAAGGGACUUCUAUGAAGGACAGAGUGCAAUGGAUUGUCAUUAUUGCACCAUCAUAAGCAAAUAAAAUAAAACAUGAUGUGCCCAAGCAUUUCUCCAACACAUUGUACUUUCCUGUUAUAUCAUUCUAUUAUCGUCUUUACAUCAUUGUUCGAUCUGACACUUCACACCUGAAUAUGAAAAUUAACAACAAUAUGCACGAUGUAGUAGAGUAUUAGUUUAUAUCAUCACUAUAAAUACAAUUUCAACUGAAGUCCAUCUUCAGAUUUGCAGAUGGGUUAAACGACUACAGCCUGCCAGGGACAUGAUCCCAUGUUCCCCCCUCAUCCCAUUCUAAUUGAAUUUACACAGAAAGUGAUGCUCUCGUAAUGUCCCUUUUGAUUACUACUCCAAUAAAUUAACAGAUAGCUAACUCAAGCUGGAUCUCAAAGCAGAGAACAGGUACAGUUUUCUUUCCAUUUUCACAGAUAAAAACCUUGUGCAUGUUGGAUCUAAUCAUGUUCACAAACAAGUCAGACGCCUCUCGCAAAUCUAAUCAGAUGAUCUUAAAUUACAUCCUGAAAGAAGCUUGUCUGUUGGUCUGGAAGGAAUGCUGACUUCAGCAGAACAACAGCAUUUCUGACAUAAAGGGAGAGCUACAGUUUCAAAUCAAAUCAAAUCAAAUCAAAUCAAAUUUUAUUGGUCACAUGCGCCGAAUACAACAGGUGCAGACAUUACAGUGAAAUGCUUACUUACAGCCCUUAACCAACAGUGCACUUAUUUUUAACAAAAAAAGUAAAAAUAAAACAACAACAAAAAAAGUGUUGAGAAAAAAAAGAGCAGAAGUAAAAUAAAAUAACAGUAGGGAGGCUAUAUAUACAGGGGGGUACCGUUGCAGAGUCAAUGUGCGGGGGCACCGGCUAGUUAAGGUAGUUGAGAUAAUAUGUUCAUGUGGGUAGAGUUAAAGUGACUAUGCAUAAAUAAUUAACAGAGUAGCAGCGGCGUAAAAAGGAUGGGGUGGGGGGGCAGUGCAAAUAGUCCGGGUAGCCAUGAUUAGCUGUUCAGGAGUCUUAUGGCUUGGGGGUAGAAGCUGUUGAGAAGUCUUUUGGACCUAGACUUGGCACUCCGGUACCGCUUGCCGUGCGGUAGCAGAGAGAACAGUCUAUGACUAGGGUGGCUGGAGUCUUUGACAAUUUUGAGGGCCUUCCUCUGACACCGCCUGGUAUAGAGGUCCUGGAUGGCAGGAAGCUUGGCCCCAGUGAUGUACUGGGCCGUACGCACUACCCUCUGUAGUGCCUUGCGGUCGGAGGCCAAGCAGUUGCCAUACCAGGCGGUGAUGCAACCAGUCAGGAUGCUCUCGAUGGUGCAGCUGUAGAAUUUUUUGAGGAUCUGAGGACCCAUGCCAAAUCUUUUCAGUCUCCUGAGGGGGAAUAGGCUUUGUCGUGCCCUCUUCACGACUGUCUUGGUGUGUUUGGACCAUGAUAGUUCGUUGGUGAUGUGGACACCAAGGAACUUGAAGCUCUCAACCUGUUCCACUACAGCCCCGUCGAUGAGAAUGGGGGCGUGCUCAGUCCAAAUUUUUUUCCUGUAGUCCACAAUCAUCUCCUUUGUCUUGGUCACGUUGAGGGAGAGGUUGUUGUCCUGGCACCACACGGCCAGGUCUCUGACCUCCUCCCUAUAGGCUGUCUCAUCGUUGUCGGUGAUCAGCCCUACCACUGUUGUGUCGUCGGCAAACUUAAUGAUGGUGUUGGAGUCGUGCCUGGCCAUGCAGUCAUGGGUGAACAGAGAGUACAGGAGGGGACUGAGCACGCACCCCUGAGGGGCCCCCGUGUUGAGGAUCAGUGUGGCAGAUGUGUUGUUACCUACCCUUACCACCUGGGGGCGGCCCGUCAGGAAGUCCAGGAUCCAGUUGCAGAGGGAGGUGUUUAGUCCCAGGAUCCUUAGCUUAGUGAUGAGCUUAGAGGGUACUAUGGUGUUGAAUGCUGAGCUGUAGUCAAUGAAUAGCAUUCUCACGUAGGUGUUCCUCUUGUCCAGGUGGGAAAGGGCAGUGUGGAGUGCAAUAGAGAUUGCAUCAUCUGUGGAUCUGUUGGGGCGGUAUGCAAAUUGGAGUGGGUCUAGGGUUUCUGGGAUAAUGCUGUUGAUGUGAGCCAUGACCAGCCUUUCAAAGCACUUCAUGGCUACAGACGUCAGUGCUACGGGUCGGUAGUCAUUUAGGCAGGUUAUCUUAGAAUCCUUGGGCACGGGGACUAUGGUGGUCUGCUUGAAACAUGUUGGUAUUACAGACUCAGUCAGGGACAUGUUGAAAAUGUCAGUGAAGACACUUGCCAGUUGGUCAGCACAUGCUCGGAGUACACGUCCUGGUAAUCCGUCUGGCCCUGCGGCCUUGUGAAUGUUGACCUGCUUAAAAGUCUUACUCACAUCGGCUACGGAGAGCGUGAUCACAUAGUCAUCCGGAACAGCUGGUGCUCUCAUGCAUGCUUCAGUGUUGCUUGCCUCGAAGCGAGCAUAGAAGUGGUUUAGCUCGUCUGGUAGGCUUGUAUUACUGGGCAGCUCGUGGCUGUGCUUCCCUUUGUAGUCUGUAAUAGUUUUCAAGCCCUGCCACAUCCGACGAGCGUCAGAGCCAGUGUAGUACGAUUCAAUCUUAGUCCUGUAUUGACUCUUUGCCUGUUUGAUGGUUCGUCGGAGGGCAUAGCGGGAUUUCUUAUAAGCGUCCGGGUUAGAGUCCCGUUCCUUGAAAGCAGCAGCUCUACCCUUUAGCUCUGUGCGGAUGUUUCCUGUAAUCCAUGGCUUCUGGUUGGGGUAUGUACGAACGGUCACUGUGGGGAUGACAUCAUCGAUGCACUUAUUGAUGAAGCCAGUGACUGAUGUGGUGUACUCCUCAGUUUUCAUAUGGUUUCAUGUUAAUCGUGGUCAAAUAAUAUUAUUGAUGUUGAUGGUUAAAUGCUGGCCCUUACUCAGAGGGAAAGAAUGUGAACGACUUAGCUAUUUGGUAGUAACAAAACAUGUCAUAUUACGGUAGCCUAUGCUUUCAAACCUGACCCUUUAGAGUUUAUUGGUAAUUGAAAAUGUGUGCUCUUACUUGCUUGGUGAUAAUUCGACACAUUACAUUAAAGUAUAUCUUUCAAAGAAGAAACUGAUGUGAAAGGCAUUCAUACAAAAUUAUGUUAUCAGUGAAAAGUAAGAGAUAAUGUUGAUACCCGAGUUUACAAGUUGUGACAUUUCAUCACUGACCUUUCACCUUUUCAACCAAAAGAUGAUCAAGCAAAUCCAUUGACAGUGUUAAACUUAUCAAGGUGGAUAAUGUAGCUAGUUUGACCAUACUCUCAAUGUUAAGCAAGUUAGCUAACUUUAUCAUGAGCAACGUUAGAUAGCUCAUUUACCUAGCUGGUUAAAAACAUGUUUUUACUUGAACACAAUCACGUCAGACUUACGACUCAUAACCGGGAGAUUUCCCAGUUCCAAUGAGCAUUUGAAGACGGCAUUAAUGUGCUUGCUGAAGGCAACACCAUUAGUGGUAUUCCUUAUCCAAUCUUAAGCAUGACCAGUACUGGUACUUCAAAAAACGAAAUAGGACACUUCAAAGUAACAAUAUACUGUAAUGAUCGGGUAAUGGUAGAUGGUGUUGAAACAACAUUCAAUGCUUAUCUAGAAUGCUUCUUAAAAGCAUGCCUACCAGCUAACUCUAUUCCAUUAGCUAAAUAAUUCACAAAGAAUUUAGGGGCUAAUUAGUCACUACUACGUACGAAAUACAGAUGAACUCUUGGCCACGAAAAAUAAAAUGUAACUUUAAAAACGAUUUGAUCUUUUAAAAGAUUAUCACAAGACCAGAUCAAAACAAGAAUUUAGCAUCCUCAAUGUGUCCAGCCAGAUACACCAGCUGAAGAUGAUUAAACUCUAAUCUAGGCAAUCUAAUCCAAACUAUGAAAGCAUUUUAUUUUUUCAAGAUUCCAGUCCAAUUAACUACCACACGUUUUACUGGGUUCAAGGGUGUCUUAUGCAUCUCAGUGUCCAUUCAGCCAUGAAAGAAAGCUGUCUUCUGCUCCGGUCUCCUCCUCCACUGUCCCCCUGUCUUGCCCUCUUCUCUGUGGGUAUAAAGAGGACAGUUUCUUUACCAGUUUCACUUCAUCUGGAACCUUCAGCCUCAUCAAUCCGAACUAUUGAACCACACACGGCCUGUGAGUAUCAUAACGGGAGUUUACCAACUAAAGUGUCUGGGUAUAGCAUGUCUCCCGCUAAAUGCUGUGUUACGGGAGAUAACUCCAAGCAGUGAUUUCAAUUAGCUAAAAACUGAAAUGUCUUUGGAGGCCACUUAAACUCUUGUCAACUGUCAAAAUGCCUCAUGUGAAGGGUGCUAUUCACCUUUUGAAAGGUGGUCCAUUGAAUGGCCCAUUAUUUUACUAUUUCAAAAGCUAUUAAUGUACUCAUUUUUGCCAUGGAAAUAUUUGCUACUGGAAUUUAGAAAAGGCAAGGUAUAUAUUAAAUGUUUUGCUAAGAAGGGUUUUAUUUAUUUAUUCUUUAUUUCUUUAUUUCAGAAUCAUGAGCAGGAAUUACAUGUCCAAGUAUGAUGAGAUGCGUAAGGGAGACUACAUGUGGUCCAAUAACAAGGAAUACAAGGCAGUUUUCCAGGUAGGUUUGAAGCUUCUUUAAAGCUGCUAUCUAAAUACAUUCACAGAUAGACAAUGUGUCAUCUGCAGUCAGCUGAACUAGGACAGUGUCUCCCAAACUGUUUGUGUGUUUGCACCUACCCAAAACCUUUCAAAUUGUUCUGUGCAUACCACAAUCCUUUAUCUCUUGUCUACACAGGAGGAUGGUAACUUUGUCAUCAAUGGCUGGAGGCAGAUGUGGUCCUCUGACACCGCCGGCCAGCGUGACGCCUACCGCCUGUGCAUGCAGGACGACUGCAACUUUGUCAUGUACAAGAGGGAUAACAAGAUAAUUUGGCAAACGAAGAGCCAGGGUCAAGGGUUCAAGAUGUGUCGCAUGUACCUGCGCAACGACGGCAACCUGGUCGUUGAGAAGGACGGAGAUGAAAUGUGGAACUCUGCUUCCUCCAAGGGCCACAAGCAG